CUACGAAUCAACCUUAAAGCAGCUUUUCGAAGAAGUUGAAAAUAAAGAUGGCUCAAAGACUGAAUUAGUUGCUGAAAUAAUGAGAGCAAUGCAAGCCUUACAAACCAAUCUGGAUGAGAAAUCUAAGCAAAAUAAAGAUCCUGCUCUUAGCAACUUGUUCCUCAUGAAUAACAUCCAUCACAUG